GUCACACUCACGACUUCACUCCCCGACUCUUCUUCUGCCUUCCGCCGCCUCGCUCUGAGAAAUCAUAAUCAUGGCCAAGGACAUGACUCUGCUGUGGGGCUCCGGCUCUCCUCCCUGCUGGAGGGUGAUGAUCGCCCUGGAGGAGAAGGGGCUGCAGGGCUACAACCACAAACUGCUCUCCUUUGAGAAAGGGGAGCACAAGUCGCAGGAAGUGUUGGACAUGAAUCCCCGGGGACAGCUUCCUUCCUUCAAACAUGGGAGCUUUGUCCUGAACGAGUCCUAUGGCGCCUGCAUGUACCUGGAGAGCCAGUUCAAGUCCCAGGGAAAUGAGCUGAUCCCCCGGUGCGCUGCUGAGCAGGCCAUGAUGUACCAGCGCAUGUUUGAGGGCCUCACGCUCACCCAGAAAAUGGCGGAUGUUAUCUACUACAACUGGAAGGUUCCGGAGGGAGAGCGACACGACUCUGCUGUGAAGAGAAACAAGGAGACCUUGUGUGCUGAGUUGAAGCUGUGGGAGGGAUACCUGCAGAAGGCAUCGGGUUCCUACCUGGCAGGAAAGAGCUUCACACUGGCUGAUGUGACUGUUUUUCCAGGCAUUGCUUAUCUCUUCCGUUUUGGGUUGAAUGAGGAGCGUUACCCUAAACUGACAGAAUACUACAACUUGCUGAAGGACAGACCCAGCAUCAAAACCAGCUGGCCUCCCACCUGGCUGGAUGACCCGCAGGCAAAAGACCUGUUGAAAGACAUCUGAGAAUCAAACACACACUAACUAAAUGUCACCACUUCUUGCAUUCCACUGCUUUAGCCGACUGCAAGUAACAAGCAUUUGCUGUUACUGUGCCUGUAUAUUUAAAGUGACUUAAACAAUGCGAUUCUUCUAUCUUUUAAACAAAAAGCAAUAAAAAUGAUUUCGAA